AUGGAAGAAGAUAGAAAAACAGAAGAUGGCUGGAAGUGGAUGGAAAAGGCAAAGAUAAAUCCUAGAGUUUAUUUGUUUUGGUGGAGGCUGCGUAACAAAGCCAUUCCUACCAAUCAAUUUUUAAGUUAUAGGAGGCUAAUGGGGCAUGAUAAUUGUACAAGAGGAUGCAACAGUGUGGAAGAUGGAGGUCAUUUAGCAGCAGGUUGCGGUAAACUCAAGGAGGUUCUUGAAAUCCUUAACAGUUGGGGAUUUUGGAUUCCAAAUAUGAAUUCUCUAGAAGACUGUUGCAAAUGGAUGGAUGGAAAAUGCAAAUGGAUGGUGAAUUUGUACUAUAACACCGUAUAUUUAUCUUUGAAGGCUAGGAACCUGUGGGUGCAUGAGAACAAGCUCUCCAGUCCUUCUAUAAUAGCUUCUAAUGCGGUUGAUAUUGCUGCAGUUAUUAGGAAUUCUUCUUGUAUAAACUCAGGUAUAGAGAAUGCUAAUCAACCGGGAUGGUUGUUGAAUUCUUGGUGUCCUCCUCCACCUGAUUGGAUCAAAGUGAACAUAGAUACGGAUCUUUUCAAGUCUUAUAAAGUUGGAAUUGGAGAAGUUUUUAGAGACUGUCAGGGGAGAUUCUUAAUGGCAUUUGGUAGUUCUUACAUUCACUGGGAUGCUGCGGAACUAGAGUUACAAGCUAUUCUUUCGAUCAGAUCGGAGCUCAGAAAUUAG